AUGAUCAAUCCGCGCACGAAGCAGAAGGAGCGUUUCGGGCGCAUGGUGCUCAUGCACUCGAAUACGCGCGAGGAGAUCAAGGAAGCGGGUGCGGGAGACAUUAUUGCGAUUGUCGGCCUCAAGGACACGACUACUGGCGACACUCUGUGCGACAUGAAAGACCAGGUCGUGCUGGAGCGCAUGGAGUUCCCUGAGCCCGUGAUCAAGGUUGCUUGCGAGCCGAACACCACGAAGGACAACGACAAGAUGAUGGAAUCGCUGGCCAAGCUGGCUGCGGAGGACCCCUCCUUCAGGUACAGCCGUGACGAGGACAGCAACCAGACAGUCAUCGAGGGCAUGGGCGAGCUGCACUUGGACAUCAUCGUCGACCGCCUCAGGCGCGAGUUCAAGGUCGAGUGCACAGUGGGGGCCCCGCAGGUGGCUUACCGUGAGACGAUCACGCAGCCCUUCGAGGGAUGGUUCACGCACAAGAAGCAGUCCGGUGGGUCUGGGCAGUACGCCAAGAUCAAGGUCAUCUACGAGCCGAACGCGGGCGAGGGCUUCGAAUUCGUGAACGCGUGCACCGGCUCCAUGCUUCCAAGGGAGUACGUCCCGGCAGUCUUGAGGGGCACCGAAAUGGAGAUGCUCAACGGGAUCAAGGCCGGCUUCCCGGUGGUGGAUGUGAAGACGACUGUUGUGGAUGCCGCGACUCACCCCGUGGACUCUUCCACAAUCGCCUUCGAGGUUGCCGCCCGUAAUUCGUGGCGCGAGGCGAGUGGCCAAUGCGCCCCAGUCAUCAUGGAGCCCACCAUGGCGGUGGAAGUUACCACACCCGAAGACUACAUGGGCAACAUCAUCGGCGAUCUCAACUCCCGGCGGGGCGUUGUGAAUGACAUUGGCGACCGGGGCAACAUGAAGAUUAUCAGCGCCAACGUGCCUCUGUCUGGCAUGUUUAGCUACAUCGCCGACUUGCGCUCGAACUCGAAGGGUCGCGCCACAUUCUCUAUGGAGUUUUCCGAUUACAAGACCCUGCCCGAGAACAUGGCCGCCGAGCUCUCGGGUAAGUGA